ACACUGGUGCGUAUGGAAAUCCCCCCCGCGCGACCCUUGGCUCACACCUGACCGUGUCCAGUCAGCGGGAGAAGGCGCGAGGCCGCAGGCAGACCGCUGUACAUCAGCACGGUCUCUCUCUCUCUCCACCGGCGACAGCUGCUUCCGUUAACCGGCGGCUGUGGACCAGCGUCACUCAGCUCCUGUGAAGAGGGCGACAACAUGCCGCGGUCCUUCUUAGUAAAGAAACAUCAAAGCUGUAAGAAAGCAAACUAUGGAAGGCUGAAUUCAAACACAGAGGAUGCCCCUUUCAGCACCCAUGUAGACUCUCUGCAGCACAGCGACAACCUUCCUCACCAUCAUCGUCCAGUACCGAGCCCACAGCUACGGCAGAGGGCCCACUCUCUCUCCACCUCCUCCUCUUCCUGUCCUUUUUCUCUCAGAGGAGACCGAUUGCAUAUUCCACCCUCUCCAAACACCUCCCCUCUCUCCUUGUUAGAUUCCUCUUCAGAGGUUUACAGUCGAGGCCCUGCAGAAGCCUACAAACCAGCUGAAUCGUGUACCAAACUGAACCUGGAAGUCCAGAGUAUGACAGCAGAUCACAGGAGGAGAGAGAGCCUCCUUCCUCCAUCCCUCCCUCUCCUGGCCCUCCUCCCUGGCAUCCCUCCUGGCAGCAGCAGCCACGAGAACUUUGAGUGUUUGGACUGUCAUAAAGAGUACUUCUUCUCAGGCUUGGCCAAACACAAGCAGCUCCAGUGUGAGUGGAGCACUAAGAAGUACUUCAGCUGUAAGUACUGUGAGAAGGAGUAUGUCAGCCUGGGAGCACUCAAGAUGCACAUCAGGACACACACACUGCCCUGUGUGUGUAAACUCUGUGGCAAGGCCUUCUCCAGGCCCUGGCUGCUUCAGGGACAUAUACGAACACACACAGGAGAGAAACCAUUCUCUUGCCUCCACUGCAGCCGAGCCUUUGCCGACCGUUCCAACCUGAGAGCUCACCUCCAAACCCACUCUGAAGUGAAGAAGUACCAGUGUGCAAGCUGCUUCAAGACCUUCUCCAGGAUCUCACUGUUAGCCAAGCACCAAGAAGCAGGAUGCCCGCUGUCCUGACAGCCUUUAAACUUCAAUACUGCAGAGUCAGCCUGCUCCAAAAUACACUUCUGUCUUACUGUUGGCUGAACAUCAGUAGUGUGGCUGCUGUCUGAUGUUGGACAAUCUCCAAUGACCCUCUGGGAUCUUUGCAUCACUUGGUGUGUGGAUCACAAAAUCUGAUGCCUGAGCAGUUGAACAAAUGUUGUGUCACUUGAUGUCUCUGUGAUGUGAUGACCGCCAGGGGAAGCCUGAUAAAAUUGUGUAUUAACAUCUGUAACUUCCUCUCAGAAACCAUUUGCUUAGUUACCAAAUGUAUGUAUACAAACUAACAUUUUAUAAUAAGAGUUUAGUGUUGCACAGAUUGAGAACACCACAACUGACUCAUAAAUGGAGCAGCCACAGGUGUAUAUUGAUGAUCUUUCUGCUCAUAUUUCCUGCUAUUUAAACUGUUCAAAAUAACUAACAGUGAUUUUAGAACUGACUGACAGACUAGCACUAGUACUCUCAAUUAGGCCAAGUGUUUACUAGACUGUCUCAGUCAUCAUGGAAUCUUUUCAGGUGGAAUUUCUUCUGUGGUUUAGGAAUUGAUUUAUAGUCCAGUGUCAGAUCACCUGUUGAUGUUGCCACCACAAUACUACUGGAUGUACCACAAAUGAUCAGGCUGUAUUGUGUUUUACUCAUAGUCCUCACAGUAACUGUUUUUAAGCUCUGUCAUUCUCUGUGACAGAGUGGUGAUUGUGGUGAGCAGAAGGUUUGCAGUGGAGAUGUGUGUUAGAUGCAUGUUUCUGAAAAGCAGCAGAUUACAGAGUCUUUCUACAGCCUGCUGCAUGUUGUCAUCACAGACUUAUAGGAGAAAAUAAGCAGCCAAGCUGACCAAUUACAGUUCUUAAAGUUUCCAGGUGGUAUCUCUGUAGUUCCAUGUUUGAGGAGGUGUACACUAGGUACAGUGUAGACUGCAGUGUGUGUGCACAGGUGCCACUGCCAUGUCAUAACUGCUUAAUGCACAACUAUAAAUCCAGCUUUAGUCCACUGUCUUGAAAAGUGAGCAUUCAAAUGAGCCAUACCAUCACUCUGGCCAACAUCUAGACAUGUCCUUCAAUAAAAACAACAUGUAGUGGACACCUGGCUCUACCUAGAUAUUACCAUUGGCUGUGUUCAGGGUCUGUAUGGACAGGCUGUUUCUGUCUGGAGAAAGGCACACGUAAAUUGGGACUAUGAGAAAAACAGAGAGGAAAUUUCAUGCUAUCACCCACAGUGUAGUCAGAGGGAGGGAUUACUGAGGUCAGAGAAGUAUUAUGUCACCCUAACAAACAGCUGUGGGAAUCUCUGCAUUGAUGAUCACCCUGCAUCAGGCAAACCUAGUAAGACCAACUGAUCAAAGUCAAUCCAAAGACACAAAGUGUUACAGAGAAAACUGAAUUAACACCAAACUCAAGUGAUGGUCAUGUUACAUUUAUUCAGGUCAGGCUUCUCUCUCAUCAGCUGGAGUAGCAAGUAGCAGACUGAGUAUUCAGUUACAUUACGUUAGUAUUAAAUCACAAUAAGAUUUGAUAUACUGUAUGUCAUCAAGUUGUUUUUUCUGCAUAAAACUGCAUUUUGUUUGACAUGAUCUUAAACUCUGAGUGACUAAAACUUUAGAAGUACUGUAAAAGCUUUGUGCUCUGUUAAAACAAUGUUAUGUAUAUUUUUGUAUUAAAAUGUGAUUUUCAGCAGAUAAGUGCUUGUUGACUGAUAAUAAA